GACUCUAAUGGCUUUCCGUACUCGGGUAAGUCAUUUGAUUAAGCAGCUCAAUGGCACAGGUGUGCAGCGUCUUCAUAGUCUUUGUUUGUCGGUGUUGUAGGCGCAGUGAGGCUGUGCAGACCAUAGUGUUAUCAAUAACUUAGGGCUGAUGGCUUGUGUUCUGGUCAUAAUUUGUUUAGCCUGGCUCGAAGCUGUAGAAAGCUACCGUUUCACCACUGGACUUGAGGCGAACCACAGUAAGUUUAAUGGCGGCGCUGAAGAGUUUCUAGUUGUCCCAGAAGACCCGAGAGCCCCGCGAGAUUCAACGCUGAUCCAGAACUUACUGAAAGUGAUGGGGGGGCAGGUGUUUUCAGCCAUAAAAGAUCUGCAAUGAGGCAGUGGAAAACCACCAUUGCAACCUCUGGGGACUCAUCAAGACUGCAGCAAAGAGAGGAGACAAAAAGAGUUCGUAGUCACGAGACGUCAUCAACAGCACCACAAACAUUAGACGAGGAAGAGUAUGAAUUAUUUGGACUUGAAGAAAUCCCAGAUGGUCCGUUGAAUUGCAUAGACUUAGAAACAGCAGCUCAACCAACAACAUCCCCACAAGCGGAAUCUAUUUCUAAUCCUGACACAAGUAUAGUAGAUGAUGAUGAGUUCUUUGAAGAGUUCCCUGAAGAGCCAUUUAAUGGGAUAGACCUAGAAAUCCCAGUUCAACCAACAACACCUCAAACAACAUUUACCAGUAAUCUAGAUACGUGCAAAGAAGUGGAGUAUGACCCUGAUUUUUUUUAUUUUUUUGGAUUUGAAGAAAUUCCUAAAAAGCCAUAUGAGGGAGUAGAUAUAGAAAUACCAACAGGCAUUAGUACUACAUGUCCACUUGACUUAACUGUCCUUACAACCUCCAGCACUCCAGCUGCAGUGACAAUAAGCACCACUACUGAUGCCCCUGUUCAAAGCAUUACCCAACUGCCUUUAAGAACAAACAUUGCCACCACAACUACAGCCACUGAGACAAUCAAUGUCCCUGAUGCCCAUACAACUGCAGUGGCUAAAACAACUGCUGUCCCUGUUGCACCAACAGCUACAAUGGCUGAAACACCAACUAAUGUUGCUGUUCCCCCAACCUCUACGGCAGCAGCAACAACCACUCUCACCACGGCAGCCCUGAGGACGACCACUACCACAGCCUUUCAAACCAUUCUGAGUGCUACCACUACCACUUCAACUGCUGGUUCGGCAACAUCAACCACGGUGACCUUGACCACAGAGACACCUUGGCACUCAACCACAACAACUCCGGUAACAGUGACCCCUGGGGUCUCAACAACAACAGCUCCUAUGACAGUAACCACUGGGGGCUCAACCACCACAACCUCUGUAACAGUGACCCCUCGGCUCUCAACCACAACAACUCCUGUAACAGUGACUCCUGGGGUCUCAACAACAACAGCUCCUAUGACAGUAACCACUGGGGGCUCAACCACCACAACCUCUGUAACAGUGACCCCUCGGGCCUCAACCCCCACAGCCUCUGUAACAGUGACCCCUCGGCUCUCAACUACAACAACUCCUGUAACAGUGACUCCUGGGGUCUCAACAACAACAGCUCCUAUGACAGUAACCACUGGGGGCUCAACCACCACAACCUCUGUAACAGUGACUACUCGGGCCUCAACCACAACAACUCCUGUAAGAAUGACAUCUACAAUGCCUGAAGCGUUCAUCAAUGGCCGCUGGGCCUGGCAAAACCCUGCAGGUAUCUGGGUGUACAGCAAUGGGCAACCUGUGCAAAAAGGUGUUGGGAAGAACAAUUAAAAAAACCCACAGGAUGACAUCAGGUCCGAGACUUAUCUUAGGAUCACAAGGUAUUCUUGAAAGGAAAUGAAAUGAAAUGAAUUAAUUAAUUUUUCUGUUCUUGGGCAAUUGGUUAAUAAUUCAAACACAGAUUUUUUUUUCUUUAAAUGUCAGCAUUACCUACAGUAUCAGCAUGCUGAUUUUGUGUUGUGACAAAAGAAGGGAGUAUGUUGAAGAAGGGAAAAGAUAUUUAGCCAAAAUUCUCCAGAGAAUAUAUUUGCAUACAAAACUUUAACACUAGAUGGCAGUCUCACACUAAGACAACACUGGAAUAAAUGCUAGAUGAAGCCCUGAGACCAUGCAAGAACCAUUUAAAUGUCAUCAUUUAAAAUGUUUUCCUUUCAAAUUCAGGUUGUGGAUUGCACAGUUAAAAGAAUCCCUUUUUUUGUUUCAACAUAGUUGUAUAUCACAGUGUCCCUGCUUUAGCCUCAGCCAGUGCUUGCAAGUUUGCUAAAAUGAACAGCAGCAUAAAUAUUACUUUUUAAGGUCCAACUAAAAUAGCUUAUGUUGCCUAAACAAUGAGUGUAAUGUGUAAAUGUCUGCAUAUGUUUGUAUUAUAUAAGAGUAAUUAAAUAUAUAUACAGAUAUGCAUGCUGUGUAUAUGUAUAUCUAGGCAUACAUAGUGUGUGUUUGUAUAUUUAUAUGAUUAUGUAUACUGUAUAUAUGCAUAUAAAUGUAUAUGCAUGUAUAUAUAUGCUUACAUAGGUUUAUAUAUGGUUGUAGGUGUGUGUGUCAUCUUCAUGUUUUUUUUGGCUUCGUUUUGUGCUUUAUACUGUGGGACAGUCCGCAACGGGAUGUCAUUGUUUGACCUUGUCCAGUACAUUUUAUAACAAAAACUGAAAGCAAUUAUAGAAAUGUCAUUAUAAAUUAAAUUUUCUGACCAGAACACAUCUUUUGGCCCGUUCCCAUGAGAUUUGCUCUUUGAACAGAACAUUCCCUGCUGCUCUUGAGCCCUCUCCAGAGGUCCAGCAGAGCCAGACAAACAAGCCCUGGUCCAGUUAAUUUGUCUGGACAAAUGUGGGGAUUUGGGGCCACUGUGAGCGGCAAAGGACGAGUGCUAAUUGUUUGUGUGCCAAGCAAACUCCCCUCUCGAACCCCCCAACCCAUUUUUGCAAGUCAUUGUAUUCACCCCUGGUCUUUGUUUAGUAAAUAACUUGAACCUGACACGUCUGGCCAGGGCCAAGUAGCAUGAAGGUAUUUUUUCAAUUUACAGUAUUUUUUAAAAGAAUUAAUCUACUCUCAAGGCCUUAAUUCUUAAGAGACUAAGAUGAGGUAGUCUGUGUGGCCAGUGAAGUUAUGUGUUCUCUUAGUACCUCAGUCACAUGGUAAACAAUGAGCUAAAGCCACCUUACUUCAGUACAAGUGGCUGAGACGAUCUGUGGAAGUGGUUGGAGCCUGGCGUCAACUUGGGCCCCUCUCCUUCACUGGACGGGCCAGGCCUCCUCUGAGCUCUGCUGGCAUGCUGAUCAGAGGAUUAGUGUAUAGGAGGCUGUGUCCACUCAAGAGCAUGAGAGAGUUAAAAAAGUGAAAGGCAUGUAGGGAGAAAGGUGAGGAAAGGUACAUCGGGAGGACCACCCACUUUUCUGCAACUGACUCUAAAAUAAGCAGAGACAAAAUACGCCGGGAUGUCUUUGAAAUUCUCUUCCCUCUGACAAAAAAUUUAAUUUGGAAAAUAUAGUGGGGAAAAUAGGCAGCUACAGCCUUAGUACUGUGCCGUAUAGUACAUAAUGGUAAACAUUUAUAUUGGAAUUUAUAGGAGAAAUGGUUACUGGUCAGAUGUGUGGUAGCUGUAACAUUUUAGAUAAAUUCCUAGAGAUGUUAAGUCAAUGUCCUACCAAAUUGGAAUGGCAGAAAUAGAGUUACAUGUACAUUUGUUUUAUGUUCACUGUAUUUAUAUUCCACCUUGCAGCAGCUUGUAUGGAUGUUUAAUCUGCUUUUUCUAGAUGUUUGCCAGAUGAUAUAAAAUAGUUGACUAAUGUUAAUUCAGAACUGGCCAAGCACUGCAUUCAAAUUGUGGCUGGAGAUUAGUUCUUGUGGGGAAAAAAACACAGAUUGGAUAAAUGUUAGCAGUAAAACUUGUGAAAACAGGUCAGAAAUAGUGCAAAAUGGAGAACAACUUGUCACAUGUAAGUAAAAAAAAAAGCAAGAUUCUUUAAACUCUGUGGGAAUUUACCCUGAAGUAAUGUUCAGUGCUCAGAAAUUUGCAAUACUGAAAUAAGGAACACAGCAGUCAGUGCGGCGGCUGUUUCUAUUUACAAGUCGGUGAAGCAAGCACGUGUGUAGCCUUAAGCUUUUGGUAGUCACAGAUCCAACAUGUGCGGCACAAUAUGAGUUUUAAUUCAAACCAACAGCCUCUCUAUUGGAAAGGAGCAAUUAGCCCUUGGUAGGAGAGAGAGAAAGAGACAGGAGAAAUGGAAGGGCAUUGUUAAAUUGACACAUUAAAUAGUGCCGGGUCAUUAGCAUGUGGUUGUGUAGAGUUUGGGGUUUAUUCACUGGACCCUUGAAUGCAUAUUGCUUCAGUAGCUCGGCUUUGGCCCUGCGCUCCCAUUUUCUGGGUCUGUCCAUCAUCCCCACAGCACCUUUCACUCGUAAUCCCCCUGUUUGGCCUCCUUUCUCUUUCAGUUUCCACAGCUUCUGUGUGACCUUCAUCUUUUUAUGCCGUCACACUGAUUGGAAGCGACAGAACGAUAGAUAGAACUUUAUUAAUCCCUCAGGUGUUCCCUGAGAGACACAACUAAGUAAAAUACAAGAAAUAUAACAAAAUACAAAACGAGUAGCAGCACACCUGAACAGUGGAUGUUGGUAGAUUAGCAGGUUAGUAGUGGUAGAUAGAUAGGCUAGUGUUAGUAGUAUCAGUAGACCAGUAGGUCAUUUUGGUUGCUCUGUGUGGUGGUGUUGAUUGCAAUCUCAAUUAUUAUUGAACAAAUACAUAUACAUAUGUACACAUAUACUUAUAAUGUAAAAUGGAAAUAUAAUGGUUUAUUGAAUUACAGUGAUAAUAAAAAUAUAAGUCAUAUAAAUGAGAUUGUGGAUUAAUUGGACCCAGGGACAAUUAAGUGGCAUUAAAUUGAACUCCAGCAGUAGAACCGGGCUUGAAGUUCCAGGAUUAGAUGUAUGCUGAUUAGACUGAGGUAAAGCGGUAGAUGUUGCUCAGCAGUUUGAAUCAGGCUCCUGCCAAUGGCACAUUAAAAGCUAAUUUUUGUCAGGAAUUAUUCUAUUGCUCUGUUGAAGACCUGACAUAGGUUGUGUCGGCGCUGACGUUCACUCAGCUUCAUCUCUUUUCUACACAGGCCUGGAAAAGAGCAGUGUACCAGGCCCAGUGUGGUGCCUUUCCCCCCAUUGUGCAGUGAUCACCUCAUGCAAGCUUUGCCCUGUCACAUUAGUGCAUGUCAACACAGUGAGUGACACAAAAAUCUCACACAGAGAAGAAAUUGUUGCUUUAAACUUCUCUCAGUCAAAAGGAGAAACUCGAUAAUUUAUUAAUUUCUGCAGAAACACGUGCUUAAUAAUUUAGUCUUUUGUAAUUUAGUCAAAUGAUUUAAAACACACUGCUUAUUCAGAUGUUGGAUGUUGUGUGCAAUAAUAUGCUUCUGCAAAUAGCUUG